GGAAUGCUUCUGCCGGGGGAGUGAAUUCGCCUGCGAUUUCCUAUAAACAGCCUCUCUGCCCGGGGCUCUGCAGCUCCUCAGCCAUCCACCGAACAAAGCAGCCAUCCAGAAAUAGCAAGAGAGCGAAUACUAAGCGCGGGGUUGAUGGGAAUCAGGCUGUUGAAAUGAAGACUGUUACUCUUUUAAGGAACCGUCGAUGCCUUCGUUAAAUAAGGAUUCUCACGGUGACCGAUAAACUAGUUCCUGGCACAGUUUUUAACCCCUUAGCAUUAUUUGGUGCUGCAGCAGCGGGACUAAUCUAUUCACCUGGAAUCCUUUAAUGCCUGUGUAGCAGAAGAUGAAUGGCUGCUGAUGAUCACUUUGGUCUUCAUGAAAUCAGCACAUCCUCUGCAUUCCUGUUAUGUGGUCCAUUUGGGUCAUAGAAGGCUACGUUCAUCCCGGGCCCCUGCGGCCUGAGUCAUCACAUGUGAAUGUUAUUGUUGCUGCUUCUGUGGACCUUGCUGGAUUUUCAGGCUUCGUGUAGGAGCUCAAUACCGGAUUAAGCCUGAUGAAAGCCGCACAAUGAAUGGAAAACCAUUUCAGAUUCUCUUAGAAACGCGGUAUUGAUUCGGCUCAGUGCAAGUGUUUACAGAAACAGAAAAGCUGACUGGUCUGGUUUUUAGCCAUUGACCUUGCCGAGCGUAGAUUCGUUUUUUGCCACCAUCUUUUACCUGAUAACGCUUUUAGGACUGCCCGCUAAUGCCACGUACCUCGUUAUUUCCUUUUAUGAAGGAAGGAGUGCAGAUAUUUGGGUGGUGGUAAAUUAACGAAUGCUCAAACUUUUACGUUGAGCUUUAUUUGUAAUAUAAAGCACUUCCAGUAUAAUGGCCGGUGGAAUAUCUCCCAUGGGAUUUAUGAGUAUUUUUGUAGUGUAGCGUUGAGUCGUUUUAUAAGUAUCUUGUGAGUAAAUAUAUUUACUGCGUAAUAGUGAAUAUUAUUGGCUUUGCGCCGUAUUUUUAUUAUCGCAUGGUAUAGAGCUUUUGCUCGAAGUUUGUGCGAAUGAGCCGCGUAUGCAUUGUGGUUUUGGAGGAGGGAGAAGAUGAUUCUCCAGCUUUUACUCCCAAAUUACCUCGGGGAAGUGCAUAUCGACAUUCACCCUCUGGAACUGGAACGCCUCCCCUUGUUCAAGCAAUUUUUAAUGGGGAUCCUGAUGAAGUCCGGGCAUUAAUAUUCAAGAAAGAAGAUGUUAAUUUUCAGGAUAAUGAAAAAAGAACUCCCCUCCAUGCUGCAGCCUAUCUAGGAGAUGCAGAAAUAAUUGAGCUUCUUAUUUUAUCUGGAGCUCGAGUGAAUGCCAAAGAUGGCAAAUGGUUAACCCCUCUGCACCGAGCGGUGGCAUCCUGCAGUGAGGAUGCUGUUCAGGUGUUGCUGAAACAUUCGGCCGAUGUCAAUGCUCGUGACAAAAAUUGGCAGACCCCUUUACACAUAGCGGCGGCAAACAAAGCUGUGAAGUGUGCCGAAGCACUGGUGCCUCUGCUGAGCAAUGUUAAUGUGUCCGACCGAGCAGGGAGAACAGCCUUACACCACGCGGCCUUCAGUGGCCAUGUUGAGAUGGUCAGUUUACUUCUGUCUCGAGGUGCCAACAUUAAUGCAUUUGACAAGAAAGACAGACGAGCAAUACACUGGGCUGCUUAUAUGGGUCACAUUGAAGUUGUUAAGUUACUUGUGACUCAUGGGGCUGAAGUCAUGUGCAAAGACAAGAAAUCGUACACACCGCUGCAUGCAGCCGCCUCCAGCGGGAUGAUCAGCGUAGUGAAGUACCUCUUAGACCUUGGAGUUGAUAUGAAUGAAUCCAACGCUUACGGGAACACACCUCUGCACGUGGCCUGCUACAACGGGCAAGACGUAGUUGUGAAUGAACUCAUUGACUGCGGUGCUAAUGUGAACCAAGUAAACGAGCGAGGGUUUACGCCAUUACACUUUGCUGCCGCGUCAACUCAUGGAGCGCUUUGCCUGGAACUCCUUGUCUGUAAUGGAGCAGAUGUGAACAUUAAGAGUAAGGACGGGAAGACACCGCUACACAUGACAGCUAUCCAUGGUCGCUUCUCGAGAUCCCAAACAAUAAUCCAGAAUGGAGCGGAGAUUGAUUGUGAAGAUAAGAAUGGAAACACACCAUUGCACAUAGCUGCCAGAUACGGCCAUGAGCUUCUCAUUAACACGUUAAUCACCAGUGGUGCAGACACUGCAAAGAGAGGCAUCCAUGGAAUGUUUCCUCUUCAUUUGGCUGCCUUGAGCGGCUUCUCGGAUUGCUGCAGAAAACUCCUAUCUUCAGGUUUUGAUGUCGAUACCCCAGAUGAUUUUGGCAGGACCUGUCUUCAUGCAGCAGCAGCUGGAGGGAACCUGGAGUGUCUAAACUUGUUGCUAAACACAGGUGCAGACUUCAACAAAAAAGACAAGUUUGGAAGGACUCCGCUCCACUAUGCUGCAGCGAAUUGUAAUUAUCAGUGCCUGUUUGCACUGGUGGGAUCUGGUGCUAGUGUAAAUGACCUGGAUGAGAGGGGCUGUUCACCAUUGCACUACGCAGCUACUUCAGAUACCGACGGCAAGUGUCUGGAAUACUUACUCAGAAAUGAUGCAAACCCAGGGAUCAGGGACAGACAUGGAUACAACGCGGUUCAUUAUGCAGCUGCCUACGGUCACCGUUUGUGUCUUGAAUUGAUUGCAAGAGAAACCCCCCUCGAUGUCCUCAUGGAAACUUCAGGUACUGACAUGCUGAAUGAUGCCGAUACCCGGGCACCAAUAAGUCCACUGCACUUAGCAGCAUAUCAUGGGCAUCACCAAGCAUUGGAAGUGCUGGUGCAGUCUUUACUGGACCUUGACGUAAGGAACAGUACUGGAAGGACACCCUUGGACCUUGCUGCUUACAAAGGACACGUUGAAUGUGUAGAUGUUCUCAUCAACCAAGGAGCAUCCAUACUAGUUAAGGAUUACGUAGUCAAGAGAACACCCAUUCAUUCUGCAGCUAUUAAUGGCCAUUCGGAGUGCUUGAGGCUUCUUAUUGGUAAUGCAGAUGUACAGACAGCGGUGGAUAUUCACGAUGGGAAUGGACAGACUCCGCUGAUGCUCUCUGUCCUGAACGGGCAUACAGAAUGCGUUUAUUCACUGCUAAACAAAGGAGCCAACGUAGAUGCCAAAGAUAAAUGGGGAAGGACUGCAUUGCACAGAGGGGCAGUGACUGGGCACGAGGAGUGUGUAGAAGCCUUGUUACAGCACAACGCUAACUUCUUGCUCCGGGACUGCAGAGGCCGGACCCCCAUUCAUUUAGCAGCCGCCUGUGGCCACAUAGGUGUUUUGGGGGCUCUCCUUCAGACGGCAGUGUCGGUUGAUGUUGUCCCAGCAAUAGCAGACAAUCACGGAUACACGUCUCUUCACUGGGCCUGCUACAAUGGUCAUGAUGCGUGUGUAGAGCUGCUGUUGGAACAGGAGGUUUUCCAGAAGAUGGAGGGAAAUUCCUUUAGUCCUCUGCAUUGUGCAGUUAUAAAUGACAAUGAAGGUGCUGCCGAAAUGUUAAUAGAUACACUUGGUACCAGUAUUGUGAACUCAGUGGACUCGAAAGGAAGGACGCCGCUCCAUGCAGCUGCUUUUACAGACCACGUCGAAUGUUUGCAGUUGUUGCUCAGUCACAACGCACAAGUCAAUGCUGUAGACUCUUCUGGGAAGACACCACUAAUGAUGGCCGCUGAAAAUGGUCAAACUAAUGCAGUAGAGGUGUUGGUUAGCAGUGCGAAAGCAGAUUUGACGUUGCAAGAUAACAAUAAAAAUACCGCGCUUCAUUUGGCAUGCAGUAAGGGUCACGAAACCAGUGCCUUGUUAAUAUUAGAGCAAAUCACGGAUCGGAACCUCAUAAAUGCAACAAACACAGCAUUACAGACACCUCUUCAUGUCGCUGCUCGAAACGGACUAACAGUUGUAGUUCAGGAACUUUUAGGAAAGGGUGCCAGCGUAUUGGCUGUGGAUGCAAAUGGUUAUACGCCAGCGUUGGCAUGCGCCCCAAAUAAAGACGUUGCUGACUGUCUGGCUCUUAUAUUGGCAACGAUGAUGCCGGUGUCAUCCAGCAGCUCAUUGCCAUCCCUGACUUUAAAUGCCAUUAACCACUACACCAACACCUCAAAAACUGUCACGUUUGACUCCUUGCCCCUCGUGAGAAAUGAGCACAGUUCUUACUGCAGUUUCAACAACAUCGGCAGGGAAGAUGGAUACCCGUAUAACGAAGACGACGAGCUUAAUGACUCUGACUCCGAGACCUACUGACGUUCUGCAACAGCCCUGGUUUUAAGUAGUUUCAGUUUGUGAAAAUGAAAAAUUGGAAUCCUAUCUCUGUGCUGUCCGAACGGCUGGACGCGCAGAGGUUUCUUUGUCAAGUUCAAGGAAGAAGUAGCUUGUUUUUUUGUCUAAUCUUGUUUUGUUUGUUUUUCCCCUUUUUAAACUGAUUACACUGAUUUAUUGAAUGACUUUAGAAAAGUUUUAAAUUUGACCACUUUUGUUGGAUAAGAAGCUCUUAUUUCCUAACUUUUCUACUGCUGAAUUUCAGUGUUCAGUAGAGAUUUUAUGCCCGUGGCAUGAAGUCUUCAUGGGAAAGAGAUAUAUUGAUAUCCGUCAAAGAGCAUUUAAGCAGUCCAUACUGUUUUAUUUAAUAUUUUAUUGUCUGUGUCAAGAGAAUUUUUAUAUGGCAGGGCACAGAAACUUAGUUCAGCUGAGAACUCAAACCAUUGUACAGCAAACAGUAUAGUGAAAAUUGUAUAAAUAAAAUGGAACAUUUUUGGUGGCAAUAAAUUAAUUUAGUACAUCUGG